AUGGACGGCUCACGUGAUCACGAUCAAACAGUGAUUAUCAACUCUCAUUAUGAUCAUGGAGAGAAAAGGGUUGUCAAUGAAAUGGAUUUCUUUGCUGAUGAGAACAGUUCUAAGGAUGCAUCAACGACGUUUCAAUUCAAGAAAGAGAACAAAUUUGAUGGUGUUGAACAAGAACUUCGUCUUAACUUAAGCACUGGUUCGAAUCUUCUGGCCACAAAAGCUAUUGCCAGCGUCAAGUCUAUGAAGGAUGAUAAUGCAUCAUCCAGAAUUUCCAAUGAAGUUGUAGUUAUCAGGUCUGAGCUACACCGUGUGAACACGGAGAAUGAACGAUUAAGAGAUACAUUGAAUCAAAUAAACAGUAAAAAUUAUUCUUUACAGAUGCAAAUUGGAACACUCUUACAGCAUCAACAAAAAUUUCAAGGUGCAACCGCAGUAGAUCAAAAGAUUUUUGAUGAUAAAGACAUACGUUCACAUUCAGUAUUAAAAGGUAUGGAAGAGAAUUCAAUGGCUGAUGAAUUGCAGAAGAAUUUUCAAACAAAAAUACAGAUAGAAAAAAGCCCAGAAAAGAAUUUUCAAGAAUGGAUUCCAAAUAAAGUAGCAAAAUUUCAUUCUUCUUCCAAGGAUAUGGAUCAAGCCGCAGAAGCCACUAUGAAAAAGGUCCGCGUAUCAGUUCGAGCACGAUCAGAGGCACCUAUGAUCUCUGAUGGAUGCCAGUGGAGAAAGUAUGGGCAAAAAAUGGCAAAAGGAAACCCCUGCCCUCGAGCUUAUUACCGAUGUACCAUGGCAGUUGGCUGCCCAGUGCGCAAGCAAGUGCAAAGGUGUGUAGAAGAUCGUUCGGUACUUACAACCACUUACGAAGGCAACCACAACCAUCCGUUGCCCCCUGCUGCCAUGGCAAUGGCCUCCACCACAUCCGCAGCUGCAUCAAUGUUGCUAUCAGGGCCAAUGCCAAGUGCCGAUGGAUUCAUGAACCCUAACGUGCUUACUAGAACUAUUCUUCCUUACACUGCAAAUUUAGCAUCAAUUUCAGCUUCAUCACCAUUCCCUACUGUUACAUUGGAUCUCACAAACACUCCCACCACCCUUUCACACCUGCAAAUACUCCAAGGCCAAUUCACUCGAGAUUUUGGGCUGGGGCCACAGGCCAUUGCCCAGGCUCUUUACAACCAUUCGGGAUUUCUCCACCGAGUCUCUGAUGCUGCUUCUUUUAGUAGUGAAAGCUCUCACGAUAUGACGAAUGCAGCUACUGCAGCCAUUGCCUCAGACCCAAAUUUCACUUCUGCCCUAGCGGAAGCCUUAAGCUCCAUCAUUGGCAAUAUAAACCCAAAUAUUGGUAGACAGUAA